GGGAGUAUAGUUUGGGUCCGACGAAGAAAUGGGUCUUGGUGGCCUGGAAAAAUACUUAGGCCUGAAGAGCUUUUAGCGUCUCAUAUAACAUCGCCACGAUCAGGAACUCCGGUCAAGCUUCUAGGGAGGGAGGAUGCUAGUGUGUAAGAUUCGAAAGGCCUUUAUUUCUAGUGAAACCUUUAACCGCAGUUGUCAUUAGUAUGUGUAUAUGGUAGUGGUGAAUGUAGCUCCUAGUGGAUUUUAUUUGCUGGUGCAAAUUUGGAGGUCUUAUGAUCAAUCAUUUUCUGAAUUCGUAGUUGUGCUAAAUGUAACAGAAAAUUACUUGUAGGUAUCAGUAUAUAGCGAGUAUGAAAUUUAAAGCAUAAAAAGACAGUGCUUUAGUGUAAUGAAAUUGUUAAGGAAAGUUGCAUGAAUGAAGAUAUUAUAGUUAUCAAAACUUAUAAAAGAAUAAGUCAAUAUUUUUUGUUUGCAAGUUCAACAAUAUGCAUGGCCUACUAUUGAAGAAUUUUCUUGAGAUAUGCUUAAAGUCUUCUCCAGUUUAUUUUAUUUAUCAUUUUGGAGUUACCCUGAUGAUCAUGGAAUGCUUUACGCAAUGAAGGUUCUGUUAUUAUUUUGAUUUUGAUGUGUCGUUGAUCAAUUUGACGGGUCUGCGUGACACGGAUCAUUCUUAAGUUCUCAUAUUCUUUCACGAUGGCUAUUAGGUCCAACAAUAUCAUUUCACAUUCUUUUCUUAACUGACUUUUGUACGUAUUAUGCAAAAGCAUUCAUAGUGAUAGAGUGGUUUGUUUCUAUGUCAUAUGAUCUUUUUAAAGUGAAUUUUGCAAUCUAUAUUGUCACACUUUAUAUUGUACUUAGGGAAAAUCAACAAAGGAACUUCUGUAAACUUCACAUAGGUUUUCUUGGCAUGUUGAAACAUUGUUCCUAAGCCUGUAGUUGAUAUAUUGUACUUAGGGAAAAUCAACAAAGGAACUUCUGUAAACUUCACUUAGGUUUUCUUGGCGUGUUGAAGCAUUGUUCCUAAGCCUGUAGUUGAUAUAUCAUGCUUUACAGGCCUUGAAAUUCUGCAUUUGUGUGUGUGGCUUUGGUUGUAAAUUGUAUCCAGCAAGGGAUGCCUGACUUAAGAAUGGAGACUUGAAAUCUCAUUUGUAAUUAUUAUGGUAUCCGCUUUCUGUUGUAUAUAAAAUACAAGUAAAGAACUCAUUCCUUUUAGAUUAGGGAAAGGAAAAAUGAAGAUAAUAAAAAUGAAGUUAUUUCCAAUCCAACACAGCUCAGGGUUCGUAAGGCUUAUGUAAUUAUGUUGUAUCACUCAGUUUCUUGCAACUUACUACUCUGCAGCUAAUACCAACCCGUUUUUUGAGUCCCUCAGUGCACAAAUGCAAGGUUCAUUUGUGUGGUGCACUAAUUGCUUAAAUAAGAAUUUGGAUGGGUAUGUACCAUGAGCCCUUUUUCUCUGACCGACAAGGGACUGGUACAACUUGGAGAAAUCAAAACGUGUAAAGGCUUUCCGAUGUGGUGAGUUUGAUGACUGCAUAGAAAGGGCUGAAGCUGCUCAUGGUAUGCCUCCAAAGAAAAGAGAGAAAUAUGCACGGAGAGAAGAUGCAAUAUUGCAUGCUCUUGAAUUGGAGAUGCAACUUCUGGAAAAGAAAUUUGGACAAUCAGGAAAUCUGUCUAAUGGCCAAAGAAAAUCGCCUGAUGCUGUUAUGUCUUCAGAAUGCUUGGAAAAUGGCGCAGAAAAUCAAUUAGACCCCAGAUCUGGCCAGCUACCAGCAAUGCUUGGUCUAUCUGUUGUAGAAAAGAAUGGGUCAGACCAACAUCCAUGCAAAGAGACAGUUAUUAAUCAACCGAGUGGUGAUGAUGAUAGUGCUGGUGCACUACCUCGAAUGAGAGGGUUGCAGGACUUAGGUCUCCGGACUACUCCACCAACAGGAGAGAAGCAUUCUGGAAUUGCAAUAUCUCGGGCAAAGAGGAGUAGAACUGCUUACUUGACAUACGAUUCAGGGAAUUGUUCCAAUGACAAUCAAACUCUAACCACCCAGAUGGAAAUACCAGUUUCAAAGUUUGAAGAAAGCAGCUAUCAAGCUGAUGCUGGUGACCAUAAUUCUGGGUCUACAGAGGACACCGAAACAGAUUGUUCAGAAACUGAUUCUGUGGAGUCGGAUUCAGAUGAAGAAAUGGCUGCUCUAUCUGAUGGCGCAGAAUCUAUAGAAUUACAACCUAAAUAUCCAAGGAAUAUUGAAGCACACGAAGAGCAUGGAAGCAUUAGCAGUAGGGAUGAGUUCGAUGAAAUGGCCUAUGCCGAUGGCUUGCCUCAUGGCUACAUAUCAAAUAGUGGGGAGGUUUCCAAGUGGCAGCUAAAAGGGAAAAGAAAUAACCGCAAUAUUGGGAAAAAGUAUUCCGACCCAACUGAUGCUGAGCUUCCCAAAGGAUACACGAACAACAGAAACUCCAACUGGAGCAAUGGUGGUUUCAAGGCUGAUCCAAUUGAUAAAAGUUUAAGAAACCAUGCAUCCAGGUAUGGAUCGACUGGGCUACACAAUUCUAAUGAGACUGCUGAAUUGGACGACUUCACUUGGAAUAAUCAGUCAAUCAUGAGAGGAUAUUGGGAGGAUUCACAUGAAUAUGUAUAUCCUUUCUCUGCCGAUAGGCAUCCUUUUGGUGGUCGGACCAUGCUGAUAGACGUGGAUUUGGAAGUCCAGGCCAACAACUAUCGAAGAGAUGUCCCAAUGAUCUCGUUGAUGAGCAAGCUAAACGGGCAUGCUAUAAUCGGCCAUCCCAUCCAGAUUGAAGCUCUUGAAAGUGGUUCGUCCGAGAACCAUGUCUCUACAACUGAUUAUUUUCACCCAGAACCUCUGGAGACUCCUGCACUAACAUCAGUGUGGAGGACUGGUCGCAGGACAGCAAAUUCCCGUGUUCCCCGCCCGUUUUUGAACGGUGAGAGCAAGCAGCACAGUCUAUCCAUCGAUCAAGAUGCCCGUCUGAAAGGGAGCAUGAUGCAGAAGAGUUACUCCCAGUAUCCAUUAGACAGAAAAAUCUCAAGAAACUCACCCAAGAAGAACAGCCUGUCAUCCAACCUAAAGAUACGAAGUCUUUCAUCGAUUGCAUCAGGCGAUCAGCAUCAGAGCGAGCCUAGAAACGACGCCAACAACUUUCAAGUGGGUGGGAUGAUCAAAACGGGGAAUCUGCCCACAACAGUUGCUUGCAUACCAGUCAGCUUGGUAUUUAGUAGGUUACAUGAGGAGUUGGUUGGUCGCCACCAGUAAUAAUCUGUAUGAAUUAUUGUAGAUAUUGAUUGUUUACUAGUUGCAUGUAAAUUUUAGGAAAUAAUUUUAUAUAACUACACCACCAUGUUAUCACA